AGGAACAUUGUAGUCUCAAACUAAAUCCUAGUGACUACAUUGCUGUGACAGUGUGCUGGAGGAACUUUGUGUCCGGGGAAAUGUUGCCGGGGGGAAGGUCUUAGGUGGUGACAGCUGGGCGGAAGUACGUCACUGGCGCGGCGAUUUGAUUUCUGAUCUGUGUGUGGGUGUUCUAAGGAAAGUUCCGGUUCCCGGUGUGGUGAAGCGGAGCUCUCUGGGUGUAUGGAUCGUUAUGUGCUGCUCGUCAGCUGGCAGAAGAGGACGGAGGGAGCCCGGGAACAACAACAACAACAACAGGCCCUUCCCGCAGGUUUAUCAGAUGUGCAGGAUGUUUAUAGUCAGCUGAAAGAUUACUCCACCAAACACACUGACACCUUCCCAGCUUCUUCCCUUUCCGGAGAUCCAGGAGUAAGAAAAUGGUUCUUUGCUCUCCAGGUUGCCUUUGGAUCUUUUCAGUUCUCUAGUUCGGAUUGGGAAGAUGUGAGCCUGGUGACAUCCCCUGAUGAUGGAUCAGAACCUCCUCCAUGCGCUAUUGAUGAAUGUGUGUGCGCUCUGCAAAACUCAGAGGAAGAUGAUGACGACAGCAGGGACUCUGUGUCCCAAACCGGCUUGUAUGAAGAAUGUGCCGAGUUACUCCACCAGUUGGCUGACAAGCUUCCAGCACCAGGGAAAGCAUUGGUGGACAUUCUACUGAUCUCUCCAGAUGUUCCGAAGUUGAAGGAGUGUUUACUUGCACUGGGGGCAAUCAAACACCUGAGAGAAUGGCAUGCGGCCAAGACAACUAUUGUCACAAGAGAAAAUAAAGGGUGGUAUAAGAUAUCCAACUACCUCUCAGCUUCUAUAGUUGCUUCUGAAUGUCUUAGGAGUUCAGUUGAUCCACAAGAGUUAUGGCGAGGCUCUACUGAAAUAAAUGAGCGAAAGCUUGGCUCAGAAGUGGAAUUUCCAGAUUUUUGUUUGAGAUCUUCUUUGGAUGUUACCCCAUCACAUUUUCUGAGACACAGCAGUGUGCUAAAUCACAGCGAUGACAAGAAUUCUUUACUAUCUGAGGUCUUCCAUUACUAUGGCUCAUCGCUGCAGUUUGUACAAAUGGUGGAGCUGUCAGAACUUCCAAAAUAUUUCAUGUCGGACCAUGAAUUUGAACUAUGUUUGACUAGAAAUUCACUGCAAGGAAAAUCUAGACUGAUGCUGGAUCAGUUGUGCUCCAUGAAUGACAAGGUUGGAGCUUUAUUUCUGCUGUCAUGUAAUGUGUGUAGUCUUUCUCUACCCCCCGAGUCCCAGCGUAGUUCCAGGAAAUGGAAGGAGUACUUGUCCAGGAAGCCGAAAGAAAUCAAAGUUCCAGGGAUUAAAGUUAAAGGGGAGUAUUGCAGUUACUACUUCUUAAUCCAAGGUUUAAAAAAUGGAGCGUGCAAAGCAACCAUGCUUCACUCUGCCAAUCAUAUCAAUGGAGCGGCCUCACUUGUUUUGCUGCAUCAACGACUGCAUGAUGGGCCUCAAACAGACAAUCCAGAUUGCAGCAUACUGAACAAUCUACCUCUUUUGGAUGGUGAUCAGAUUCUGCGGAGGGAGAGGGCUCUGGCUCGUACUCGGUCCUUAGCGGUGGAGGAAUUUUUCAAAAGAAAAGCUGGUUCGCAAUCACUUACCCCUGCAAAUAUUAACUCACUGAAGACCUUGUUUAAACUGACUCGGGAUGCAGUUUUCAGGAUUUAUGAUAGCAAACUGCCCCAAGACAUGUCCAAGCAGGAUGAAAAACCCAACAGCUCUGGAGCUCUCCCUGCUGAAUCCCAAACGGCCAUAGUGAAUCCAUCAGAAUGGCCAGAGAGAAAUGUUCUACAAAAUCUGGAAAACUUUGAGAAAAUCCAGCAGAGAAUCGGGGCAUCUAUGCUGUCCAACACAGCAGAGCAUUUACUGGGCCGGAAGGACAAUCAGAAGGAAGGACUGACAUUGCUGGAUGCCAAGGAGUUGCUGAAAUACUUCAAUCCACAAGGGCUAGCGAUCGGAGAGCUUCAACCCUUACAGGUCCAGAGAGGAGAUAAUGUCUUCCUACUAACACCCCAACUUACCCCACGAAAGUUGAGUGGCCUAACAUUUGAAAAAGCCUCUGAAUGUCACUACCACAACCUUGAGUAUUGCCUCGAUGAAAGAAAAGCGUUAGAUCGUGAUGUUGGCUUUUCGGAGCUGCAGUCUCGACUGAUUCGCUAUGAAACGCAGACUACUUGUAACAGAGAGUGCUGCCCCCUACCCUUCGCUCUGAGUCCCCUUCCAUCUCCUGCUGUCCUUUCUGAGCCGGGCAGUGUUCCAGACGGAGAGUCUUUGCAAGAUCCCCUGAGGCUAAAACGACGAUCUAGGGACUUGGAUGGAUUGAUUGCCAGUAAGAGACUUGCAAAAUCUGAAAGCUCUGACUCUCUGAUGUCUCUGGCGAGUGAGGGUAGUGUUCCUCGUCAGCCACCCAGGGUGACCAGGCUACGCUCUGAGAGGACGGCUCCAGCGUCAUCGUCGGUUGCACAGAUUUCCACUCCUGCCGCCCGGAGAACAUCAUUAAGCAGCAAACCUGUUCCGCCAAUGCAAACUGCCAAUCCAGAGCCUGAGAACAAGGAAUCCAGAUCUCAGAAACACAACAGGAUGCUGAGGGAGGUGGUGUGUAAAACACUACACAAGAACGGAGUCCAGGAGGGUCACCCCUGCUUCACAACCUGCAGCCAGCGCCUCUUCGAUAUCUCCAAAUUCUUCUUAAAGGACUUGAAGACGUCAAGGGGCCUGCAGGACGAGAUGAAGAAGGCAGCUACUAAUAAUGUUAAACAGGUCAUUCAAUGGGAACUGGACAAGCUGAAGAAGUAAAAAAAAAAAAAAAAAUGAAAUGUGAAAGAUUUUUUUUCUUUUUGUAGAUAGAGGUUUGUAGUGUACAGUAAAUAUAAUUUAUACAUGGUGUUUUUAUAUAUGUAUAGCUUUUUUUUUUUUUAUCAUUCCUUUAAUAAACAAUUUACCUAUUGUUCACCUCCUGGGCUCUGUAUAAGGAUGGUAAUAUAUCAUUCUCCAGGAGCUCUCCUCCAGCCUAACAAUCCCUGCAUUGUGUGUCUCCACUGAGCUCUGUGUUGUAUUAACAGAUAUCAUCAGUUUGCUUUGGAGUGAGCUGGGGGUUUAACCCUCCGUCGGUCACAGCGGCUCGAGCUCUGUGGUUUUCCGUACUUCAAAGGUGGCUGCACUAGUUUUAUGUACAAUGGUAACCAGUAGUUAUUCAAAAGUGUUUUUGUUCUCGGCAUGUGAAUUCAGGUUGUAUGUCUUCAGGGUUGAGGAAAAGGAGUGCGUUGACUUUUCAGUAACUUUCAAUUCUGUAUAAACAUUCCUUGUUUGUCACUGUAUACAGCAAUACAAUAUCCGUUUUGGAUAAAA